AUGGCCGAGGAGCAACCGACAGAGUCCAAUGCGCGCCCACCUAUAUACGAAGAAUCGUCUCAGUACCGUCAUUGGCGUUUUAGCCCUGAGCAACUUUGGAACAUACGAAAGACGAGUCAUGAAACAGCCGUUGAACGUGUCAAGCAGAACAUACAAGAAGAUCUGAAGGAAUCAGAGGAGGCAACGUCUGAAAACCAGGAUCCGCAAUACCUGUCAAUCGAGGAGGAGCUUGCAUUGUGCCGGUUUUACGAGAAGCAACUACAAAGUAUUUGUCGUCACUUCAAGUUCACGGAUGCUGUGAUGGCAACAGCUAUGGUUUACAUGAAGCGAUUCUUUUUGUAUAACAGCAUCAUGGAUUAUCACCCCAAGGAUAUAUUGUUGACUUGUUUAUUCCUUUCAACCAAAUCCGAGAGCGAGCGUAUUUCGAUUGAUCAGUUUGGAAAGAAUCUCAACCUUCCAUCAACCGACAGCAUCUUGGGACUGGAGUUUGUAGUAUCACAAGGGAUCAGAUUCGAGUACUUGGUACAUCAUCCUUAUCGAGCAGCAUAUGGAUUGUUCUUGGAAUUACAGAGAGGAGAUGUGGAUAUCAAGGUUCUCAAAGAGACUUACAACAAGGUUCAAGGCCUCAUUGGAUCAAUGCUCUUGACAGAUUUAUCAUUUAUCUAUCAACCAUCACAGCUUGCUUUGGGAGCCUUUGUUAUUGCAGGACGCUCUACUGGAUUUGAUCAACACAUUCUAAGACACAUGGAAACCAAGGUUGGCAAAGAAAAGAUCGAAAUGCUAUCCAAGAUCGCAGAUGAUGUGGCAGAGACCAUUGACCAAUUCGUGGCUGUUUCACCCAACGAAGCUAAGCUUAUUGAUCGACGAUUACGGGUGUGCAUGAAUCCAGCAAAGAACCCCGAUUCUGCAUUAUACAAGAAACGAGCAGCAGAGAAAGAGCGCGAAGAUGAGGAACGUGAUAAGAAGAGAGCACGACAAGGAACGGAUGACGAGGAUGAGGAUUUGUCAGAUUGA